ACAAUUGCAGCAAUGGCCACCUAUUCCUACUUCUUUCUUACCCUUUUCCUCUUCUCUUCCCUCUGCAACCUUUCAAUGGUCGUUGGAGCCAACAGGAAGGUUCGACCAACGCCCGUCCCAGCUAUGGCCUGUUCAUCCAAAGAAUAUAAAAAGCAAGGGCUGAAAAUAGUCCACAGGUAUGGGCCAUGCUCACCAUUAGAUGGAGAAAAGGCCACACCCAUCCAAAUCCUCCAACAAGACCAAUCUCGAGUCAGCUGGCUCCAAUCUCGACUCACUCGCAAUUCCUCCCGACUCGAUGUUCAAGACACCACCGUACCAGCUCAACCCGGCAAUGCAUUCGCUACCGGAAACUACAUCGUGACCGUCGGAUUCGGCACUCCAAAGAAGGAUAUGACCCUUGAAUUUGACACCGGCAGCGAUCUCACCUGGAUCCAAUGCCAGCCAUGCGAUGGUGGUGAUGGUUGCUACGAGCAGCAAGAACCAAUCUUCAACCCCGCUGACUCAUCUUCCUAUCUCAAGCUCUCCUGCAACUCGGCCGAGUGCUCUCAACUCAGUCUCCCAACACAAUGCUCUUCCUCAUCUACCUGCGUCUACCUCACUCGCUACGGUGACGGCUCCCAAUCCAUUGGCUUCUUCUCACGUGAUACGCUGACGCUAUCCCCCUCCGACAUCUUCCCCAACUUCAAAUUCGGCUGCGGCCAGCAGAACUCGGGCUUGUUCGGCAAGACUGCUGGGUUGCUCGGGCUCGGCCGUGACCCCGUUUCUUUAGUUUCUCAAACAGCAACCAAAUUCGGUCGUGUUUUUUCUUACUGCCUUCCAUCCUCUCCAAGCUCGCCCGGGUACCUGACUUUUGGUGCUGAUGCCAUCAAGUCCGGAAUGAAAUUCACGCCACUGGUGACGAAAUCGAACCAUCCGUCAUUCUAUUUCCUCAACCUGAUUGGAAUAAGCGUUGGAGGAAAAGCGCUGUCAAUACCAGAAUCGACGUUCUCAACACCUGGAACUAUCAUCGAUUCUGGCACCGUCAUCUCCCGCCUACCCUCAUCAGCUUAUGCUGCGCUGAGGUCGGCAUUCCAGCAGGAGAUGUCGAAUUACAGGUCGGCUAAUUCUCCAUCGUCCGUACUCGAAACGUGUUAUGAGUUGGGUGGGAGCGAAGCUUUGUCGGUUCCUCCGAUAGUGAUGCAUUUUGAAGGGGAUGUGGAUGUGAAUGUGGACUACUCUGGGAUUAUUUUCAAAGUGAGUGAGACGGUAGGCUGCCUGGCAUUUGCUGCGAAUGGUGGUGACGGCGGCGUUGCCAUCAUAGGAAAUACCCAGCAGCUGACAUUCGAUGUGGUUUAUGAUGUCGCUGGAGGGAGGUUGGGGUUCGGUCCUGGUGGUUGCCGUUGAGCGCUCUGGCUAAGGAAAUGAAGAUGAGAAAGAGGAAAUGAAGAUAGGAAGCAAUAGAAUGAAUGCGAAGAAGAAUAAUAGAGAAAUAGUAUGUGAUAAGAUAUGGUUGAUGAAGAGAUUUUUAGUAAUUUCUAGAAUAAUCAUGUCUUUCUAAAUUCAAUAAUGAAUUGUAAUAGAAGUUGCAAAAAUUAGGCUGUUAUUUCAUCAUCGCAUAAAUUAUAAGUAG